AAGUGGUAUAGUGUAGUGGGGAAACAAAAGACUCGUGAUGCUGUUGGGUUGAAGUUAUGUAUGUACCCACAAGAGCAUCCACCCACCCACCGCUAUAACAGAAUUCUAGUGAAGUGGUGAAGUGGACGCCAAGAAACGAAGCUUCCAAUCUUCCUAUCAUAUACUAUUAAUUAUUUAUUAUUUAUGCCAAUUCUUUCCUUUCUCCUAUUUCUACUACUAAUUACUAACUUCUACUUAUAACCAACCCAUAUCAUUGCUUCCGUCCGUUACUUAAUUACUUGUCUCGGGUCGGAGAUUGAAAUUAGAUAUAAUGAAUAAGAAAAACAGUAGAAAUGCAGAGAUAGACACAAGGGCACCUUUCAGGUCUGUCAAAGAAGCUGUCUCAUUAUUUGGUGAUAAAGUUUUAGCUGGAGAGAUCUACGCAACUGCAAACAAACUCAAACUCAAACAGGUACAGUGUGGAGAAAAUGAAAAUGGUGCUGAUCAAUUGAAUUCUUCAAGGAUUGAAAACGUUGCAGCUGAGCUAGAGGAGACGCGAGAGAAUCUAGAGAGAGCUAAAGAACAAAGCAUGUUAAUGGCGCAUUGUAUGUCUUCUCUACAGGAAGAACUCGAACGCACAAAACAAGAGCUCGAACAAUUGAAGCUACGAGAAACAGAGAAACAUCAACUGGAAUCAGCAGAAAUUGAGGACGUUAAGUUCAUUGAGAAUUUAACCACGUUUGAAGUGAAAAGUUCAAGAUUCGACGAAGAAAUGAUGGAGUUCCAAAAGAAAAGAUUUGAUGAAGAAAUGGAGUUUCAAAAGAAAAGGUAUGUGACAUUCGCGAAUCCACCAUCUGUAUCUCAUGUUAUGCUACCACAACAAGGUCAUGGUGUUGAAAAAUUGGAAAGACAUCCUUCUCUUAGGAAGAAGAAUAAAAAGAAGACAUUGAUUCCAUUUAUUGGAGGUAUCUUUUCACGGAAGAAGGGAACUAGCCAAGAAGUUCCAUGAUGAGUCCAUUACACAACCAUAAUAAUUACCAACAGGGUUUUGUUUUCAAGUUUCUUCUUUUUUUUCAACAAGUUUCAUUUUUAUUUUAUUUUCGUGUCUUAUUGUAUCUAACAAUGGGUAAUUAAUAAUACCCUGUAAAAUGUAGCUGAGCUGAGUGAAACCAUGACUAGUAUAGUACAGAUUAAUAUGAAUGAAUCCAUGCAUGUUGAUUGUUGAGGAUGUUUCAUGUAAGAAAGCGCUGGAGGCACUUCAAGAGUUGAGAUCACAGUGUACUCUUCUUUUCGCGAAUCUGAUAUUAGUGUAUAGUUAACAGUUAUUAGUGAUGCACUUAUACCACACACAUUGAUACUAGUUCAAUCAAAUAUGCUUUUAAUUUUUUAAUAUAUAUUUUUGAGGCA